AUGUUACUGUAUGUGUCACAGCCUGCAGACCCACAGGACAGUCUCAGUGAGGAGGAGGAGGAGGAUGAAGACGCAGAGGCGGCUCUGAAGAAGGAAGUGUCUCAGAUACAGUUGUCUAUGAAGACGCAUCAGCAGAGGUUCAGUGCGGUGGACAGCGGAGCUCAUAAUGUUGUGUUCAUUCGCACUCAUGGAGUCGACCCAGAGCAGCUAGUCCAUCACAUUCUGUCAGACCUCUAUCAGACGAAGAAGAGGAAGUCACGUGUGAUCCUGCGCAUGCUGCCGGUCAGUGGCACAUGUAAAGCGUUUCCCGAGGACAUGGAGAAGUUCCUGAGUGUGUUUCUGGAGCGCUGGUUCAGAGCGCCGCAGCGAGCCACAUACCAGAUCUGCUUCAAAGCCAGAAACAGCAGCCACAACAAGAGAGAGGAGGUCAUCAAAGCUGUGGCCAGUCUGGUGGGGAAGCUGAAUCCACUGAAUAAGGUGGAUCUGACCAACCCUGAGCUCUCCAUCAUCAUCGACAUCAUCAAGGCGGUCUGCUGCGUCAGCGUCCUCAAGGACUACACGCUCUUUCGCAAGUUCAACCUGCAGGAAGUGGCCAAGGAGCCCACCAAUCAGAGCAUGGGCCCGCAGAACGCAACCAAUCAGAACACGGGCAAGCAGGAACCAGCCAAUCAGAACACAGGCCCGCAGGAGGCAGUCCAUCAGACGCAGGAACACGGGGAGGGAGAGAAAGUGGAUGGGAGCGCAGAGAGCUGCGACAUCACCGCUGGCAAUGGGACGAAGGAGGCGGAGCUUGAGUGAACGUGUGUCACAUGACUGUGGCUGUGUUUUUAAAACCAUUUCUACAAAGUUUGUGUGUUAUGUUCAGGCUUUUGUUUUUACUUCUGUAUGUUGGGUGAUAUUAACAGUUUCUGUUCAUUGUACGGGACUCUUGUGUCAUUUUGGACACAUUUUCCUCUGAAAAGAAGACAGAGGUGUGGAAAUCCAAUAAAACAACUAAA